CCAGUCUUGAUAAAUGGACACCAGUUGCAGACAUGUGUGUACGUCGAAGUGGAGUGGGUGUUGGAGUUUUACAUGAUGUACUAUAUGCUGUGGGUGGUUGGGAUGGUGCUCAGGUUUGGAGUAGUGUCGAAGCAUACAGACCGAGUACGGGAGUUUGGUCUCCUAUUCCGGACAUGCAUUUGAGUCGACGUAGUGCUGGCGUAGCUGUAUUAGGUGGAUUAUUGUAUGUCAUCGGUGGUCACGAUGGUACUUCUAUUUUAGAUUCUGUAGAAUAUUACAACCCCAACACCAAUACCUGGUCCAUGGUCACAGCGUCAAUGAAUUUUGCACGGUUUGGAGGAAGAGCUGUAGCCAUUGAUAUGCCUCGAUAUUUUAAAAAUUUCUAGCAUUUAUUAUAUUUUUUUUGAUUCAAUAUAUUACUACUUUCUCAUAUUGUAUAAUAA